AUGGACCACCCAGUGCUCACCUCUGAGGCUGAUCCAGCAUUACAUACGGCCCCCUCAACCCUCCUGCACCCCUCCCUCACAUCCGUCGCAUCAGACGCGUCCACCCUGGCCGCCCAACACCAAGACCCGCAACUAGAUCCAACCCAGGGUCAAGACCAAGUGAGCAUUGACGAAGAUUCCCUCCACGGGCUACAAUGUGCUGUCGGAGGACUGGACUAUUCCCGACCAGUUCACCAACAGCAACCACAACAUGACUUUCACUCCCAGCAACACCAACCCCAACAACACCUCCAAUCCCUCGUCAAACGCCCCGACCAACACAUCGACCUCCGCACCAUCCUCAACCCCCCCGAUCUCGACGCCUGGCGCGAACGCCUCUUCAACGUCGACGAAACAAUCAUCCUAAGCGAAGAGCAAUUCCUAACCUACUUCCCGCACAUCGACAACGUCUACUCCCACCGCUCCACCCAACACUACAAACGCAAGCCCCUAAUCUCUCACUACUGGGACUGUCGCCUAAAAGGCCGCCCCCCCGGAACACCCAAAUCCAACGACCCGAAUAAAAAGAAACGCAAGCGCACCGCCCGUCAGCGCGAUCUCUGUGACGUGAAGAUUAAAAUCACGGAGUAUUUUCCGGGACAUGAUGUUAUGGGGUCUGUAGAUGCGGGCUUUCCUACCAUUACUAGUACUGGUACUGGUGUUAGUGUCCUGGGUGUCGGGGUUGGCGCGGGAACUACCGCUACCGCCAGCGGCAGCGCAAUGCUGCAAUCAACUAGUACGCCCGAAGCUGCUGCACAGAACCAACCGUUUGGAUUACUGACGCCGAGUUUGAAUCCGCCAUUACCGGAGGGUCAUCCGGGAGUGAACGGGCAGCGGUUUUUCACCAUCCAACGGGUGAAUGGGAAUGGGGCGAAUGGGAAGAAUGAUGGGGUGAGUGGAGGACAUCGACAUACCUUGGAGGAGAGUGAUCGGGUGAAGAAGAAUAGUGUGCAGAGGUUUUUGGUUAAGGAGGUGAGGGAGAAGAAGAGAGAGUGGGCAUUGGCGUGUUACGUCACGCGCGGGUGUGCCUCGCCGGCGGCUGGUAUCCGUACUUGUACUUCCCCGCUUAUCUGCGACCAACUUCAUUCCACUAUCAUGUUUGGCAGAUCUCUCUUGCAGUUCAGGCCGUUGUCAGUUGCUCAAGUGACCAGACAUAUUCCCUCGAUUGCUAGCACCAGAUUCAUUGGCCGUUCUGAUUGUCAUAUACAGACCAGGGCAAUGGCUACGCAGAGCGAGAUACAGAAACAAUACCACACCAAGGCUACCGGUCUGGCUGCCCGGACUGUCGCGAACCAUUCCCAGGAUAAUGAGCUGAAAUUGUAUGGCAGUUGCUUUUGCCCGUUUGUACAGCGUGUUUGGAUCGCCUUGGAGGCUAAGGGCAUCCCUUAUCAGUACAUUGAGGUCGAUCCAUAUAAGAAGCCCCAGUCGUUGUUGGAUGUGAACCCUAGGGGUCUUGUCCCGGCGUUGCGACACGGGGAUUGGGGGUCAUAUGAAAGCUCCGUAUUGCUGGAAUACUUGGAGGAUCUGAAUAUCGGACCACCGUUGCUCCCGCCCGGAGACGCGAAAUUGAGGGCGCAUUGCCGACUAUGGACGGAUUUCAUCAACCGACACAUCGUUCCCAACUUCUACCGGGUCCUUCAGGAACAAGACACGCAGAAGCAGAUCGCCAACGCGCAAGAGCUCCAAGAUGCCUUCAACACCCUGGCCUCAGCCGCAGAUGCGCAGGGACCGUUCUUUCUGGGCUCUCGUAUCUCGUUUGUCGAUGUCCAGGUGGCCCCUUGGAUCAUCCGGUUACGCCGUGCCUUGAAGCCGUACCGCGGCUGGCCAGACCCGAAUCCCGACAGUCGCUGGGGUGCCUGGGUAUAUGCAAUCGAGAACAAUGAGCACAUCCAGGCGACCACCAGCACCGAUGAGCUCUAUCUGGAUAGCUAUGAGCGAUACGCUCAAAACCGGCCCAACACGUCCCAGGUUGCCAAUGCAAUCAACUCCGGAAGGGGUCUUCCCUAG